UGUAUAAUAAUUUAGGCUGUUGAAGCUGAAAAUUCAAACACAAAUCGUUCCUGCUGCUUAUUUAUUCCUUGAUCUAAGGAGCUGAAAUCAUCCUCACUUGAGGUGGCAGUUAUCAAAAUAUUCUGAAAGAUUGCCAGACAAUAUUUUCAAAAGUAUAAAGCUUAGAAAUUAAAUUCCUUUGCAAAAAUGGGCAUGUAAAUUUAGGUCUUCGUCUUACAGAUAUUUAGACCCAGUUUGUUAUUUGCAUUGAUUAUUCUUUGGCAGCGUUGGUGUUCAGCAGCAGGGUUGGGGUCCCAGUUAAACUUCUUUGUUUCGCCCUUUAUUUUGUACCAGUUCAGUCAAAACCAUACUUAAUUCUUUGAAAAACAAAUAGACAAGCUGUCUCCCUGCUCUAGAUUUGAACUGAUGUUUCUAGCUUCAAACUCCCCCUUGCCCUCCCCACAGGAAACAGGCUUGGAGUUCCUCAGGUCUUCUCCUGUAUGUAGCAGAGGUCUGAAAAAGACGAGCUCCUUCUGAUUAUGUGCAAACAUGCUAGAGGACGAAGAGCCACAUUACCAUUGCAUCUGAGGAAAAGGCGUUCUGUUUAUAUUAACUCUGUUGGACAUCAAACAGUCAAAUAUAGAAAACGAGUAUCUGAAGAGUUUUAUCAGAGCUCUCAACUUGCUAGGCUGUGAUAGUCAGAAAACACAAAGUCAAGCCACGGGAAAGCAGGCUUCAGGGUUCUUCCACUUGCAGAAUUACUUGUUUAUUUUAAGUUAGACAGAUGGUUUCCCAAAGUUCUGUUAAUGCGCAUUUUCUUUUGUCUAAAAUAGAAAAACUGGUCUGGGAAUAUUUGUAUUUGAAGAGAAGUUGUCAGCUCAAAACAUAAUCAGAACAGCUCUUGAGUAGUUUGAGCUAUGAAAUACAUUGUCAGUUUUGAUUUUCUUAACCAUUUUUUUUCCAUUGAGAUCUUUUACAUGUAGCGUUGUGUAUCUAAAUACAAAGCAAUACUUUGGAAUACACAGGGACAUUGACCAGUCUGGCUUCCUCCUGAAGCAGAUUUAAGUGUAAAACAAGUUAACGGUGGAAAUUGUGAAAGCUUGAACUAGAUGCUUAGAAUAGACUAAGACACUAGAAUAUUGAAAUGGUUUUUACCCCCUGCAAAGUCUUGUUGACACAAACUUAAAGAACUAUUUAAUUUGAGUAUCUGGUUACAACAGACCAAUGUUUGGCUUGUUUAUCUCUAACACCCUUUCAGUGGAAAGCACGGAUGUACUAAAAAAAUUAAGAUCAUGGAACAGUCUACUGACUUUUUCCAAGUAAAAACUCUAAGCUGUAUUAUGAAAACCAUUAUUUUAAUGGAAUGUAGGUGGCUACGCUUCCAGUGCAGUUGCUUUACUAAAACUGCAAAAUGGUGUGUUUUGGACGUGAGAACUUGUCUUUACUGAACCCACACUAAUGUUUUUUCCGUUACACAAGUUCUGCUAGUAUAACUCCCUACAGCAGGGCUGCCAGCUGGUGUAAAUGGCUUUUUGGUAUUGCCUAUCUCUUUUCAGACAGCCCCGUGAUAAAGACUUCUGAUACUUAUCAGAUGAUGUCACUGUAAAAGUACCAAUGCUGUAUCUGGCAGGUGUUGGUCAUUAGAAAAACAAAUGCUAGCCUAAGCAAAACUCAAACAUUUGAAAGCAAACCUAACUUUUUAAUAUUUAGAUUUGACAAGUGAGGUGAGCUCCCAGAUUUGUGUGGUUUUAAGCAGGUGCAUUGUGAAACAAGAAUCUAUUUAGUCAACCUCUGUCACAGAAGUAUUGAACAGUAUAUUAGUCUGUCAGCCUUGGUGCUAGAUUUUUUUUAAAAUAUGUUUUCUUGUUGCUACCAGAAACAGAGGAUUCAAUAGCUGAUCUUUAGCUUGAAAGACAUGAGCUUGGAAUUAUUUCACUUUUCAUCCAAAAGCUUAAAGGGUGGGAGGAGCAAACUAUAUGGCAGUUAUACUGACGAUUCUGAUGACUUGAUGCUAAGAAUUUACAGAGCUGAGUCAUAUGCUGGCCUCCAAGAGUAUAAAACAGCCAUAGAAGAUCUAAAUUUUGUUAUUUCUAAAAUGCCAAACUGGCCAGAGGUCUACUUCCGAAAAGGAAAAGUGCUGCAUGACUCUGGCUUUGUAGGUGAUGCCUUACAACUAUUUCUACACUGCUUAGCCCUUGAUGAGGAUUUUCUUCCAGCCAAACUAGAAGUAGAAAGGACGUUGUGUGACGUGCUGUCACCAGAAAACUUAGGAGAGAGUCUGAAGGAAUCUGCUUGGAAUUCACCACAUGUUCGAAAUAAACCUUUUAUACUUGGUUCCGAGGUGACUGAGUCUUGCAGCAAUUUACAACUUUGUCCUGAGCAGAGUUUAGGAGGAUCAGCAAUACUGCAGCCUGUCAGUGGAAGCCUAAAUCGUGCACAAUCUGCCCAUGCUCUUAACUCAACAAAAGACCUUGCCAAGGAAGAUGGCUUAAAGAGAGUGUCUUCUGAACCCCUUCUUUCUGGCCAAGAAAAAGGCGCUUUGUUGAAAAGAAAGCUUUCCUUUUCAGAGCAGGAUACAGUUGUAUUUGAAGAUGGAAGAAAUAAACACAAAAAGCAAGGAGAAAAUACAAAAAGGGACACAACACAGGCUUAUGGAACAAUUCCAGGGAAUCUGAUUGAUGUGUCAGAUUUUGAGUGCUCUCUGUGUAUGAGGCUGUUCUUUGAGCCAGUGACAACCCCUUGCGGACAUACUUUUUGCAAAGGUUGCUUGGAACGGUGUUUGGACCAUGCUCCUCAGUGUCCACUCUGUAAGGAGAGUUUAAAAGAGUACCUAGCAAGCAGGAAAUACAGUAUCACAGAACUGCUGGAAGAAUUGAUAAUAAAAUAUCUGUCUGAUGAGUUAUAUGAAAGAAAAAGAAUUCAUGCUGAAGAAACUGCUGAACACUCAAACUUGACCAAGAAUGUUCCAAUGUUUGUUUGCACUAUGGCAUAUCCGACUGUGCCUUGCCCUCUACAUGUGUUUGAGCCAAGAUACCGACUAAUGAUUCGCAGAAGUAUGGAAACUGGGACUAAACAGUUUGGGAUGUGUAUAAGUGAUUCUCAAAAUGGUUUUGCAGACUAUGGAUGCAUGCUGCAAAUUAGGAAUGUUCAUUUUCUGCCUGAUGGACGGUCCGUUGUUGAUACAGUUGGUGGAAAGAGAUUUAGAGUUUUACAAAGAGGGAUGAAAGAUGGUUAUUGCACUGCAGACAUUGAAUAUUUGGAAGAUGUUAAGGUUGCUGAUGAGGAAGAGCUAAAGAAACUCAGAGAACUUCACAAUUUUGUGUACAAUCAGGCCUGUAGUUGGUUUCAAAAUUUAAGAAACAAAUUUCGCACUCAAAUUCUUCAACACUUCGGGCCAAUGCCUGACAGGGAGGAAAAUAUACAGGCAAUGCCCAACGGUCCUGCUUGGUGUUGGUGGCUUCUAGCUGUUCUCCCAGUAGACCCCAGAUACCAACUCUCAGUUCUCUCUAUGAUGUCCUUAAAAGACCGUCUGAUAAAAAUCCAGCAUAUACUCACAUAUUUUUCUAGAGACCAGUCCAAAUGACUAACCGCCUGGGUCUUCCUGAAAAGUUACUCUGUUCUGGUUGUAGUAGCAGCUGGAAUUUUUGCUGCCUUUGCACAUCUAGCGCUGGUUUGAGAAGUGUAAUAUGGAACUGCUUUUUUCCCGCCCCCAACUUCCUGAACCAUGUGGUUCCUUGAAUGCACAUUUUCUUCAACUACAAGAGAAGACCACUGAUAAUUGCACAAAGUCAAUCCAGCCAGAUAAGUUUUUCACAUUAUCUACGUUACAGUUUGCACUAUGUAGAAGAGAACAUUUGGAGACUUGAUAAUUUUAGCCACUGACUUUUUAAAGCUGUGCGAAGUGCAGGACUUAAGGCUGACAGUCCAAGUUUACAACAUUGAAGAGGUAUUAAAGGUUUUGCAAAUGAGUUUGCCUCAUACAACUGUUCUGUUGCUAUUUGCACAAUUGAAACAUAGUAUUGAAUGUCACUGUUGGAUAUUACUGCUCAUGUUAAAUUGUCUUGACCAUGAAUAUGGCACAGAUUUUUUUUUAAAGUUAUCUUGUAAAUGUAUGUUUCACAAAACAGGUGACACUUUGAACUGUAUGCUGAACUGAGAGCCAAUUGUAAGGAACAGAUGCAAAAAAAAAAAAAAGAGGUACUUCUGUCUAAAAAUACUUAAACUGUGAAUAUGGUUUACAUACUUAGACCUGUACAUGUUAAAGAGGAAACUGAAAACUAAACGUCAGUUCCAGUUACAUUUUUACUGGGCUUUUCAAGCUGCCUGUUCUUCCAGAGCACACACUUAGUUUAUAGAGCUUUUAAGAAGAAACCUUAGAGUGUGUGUGUGUGUGUGUAUUGGGGAUUAUGCAUCCAGGAUUUAAAAGCUUAAAGUUUUCUUUGGACUUUUUAAGUUGGUGCAAAUGUGAGUUCUAUGCCUUAUUCAUAUCAAUAGUAGAGCACACUGCAGUGGCAAGGUUAGCAUCAUGCUGCCAGUAGGUACUUUUUGUAACUGAAAGUUUGCAUAUUUGUGAAUAUGUCUGAUACUGGCUUUCUUGUAUGUAAAUCAUUUGUAAAGUAUUUCUUAAAUCUUGCUUUUGCUAAUAUAUUUAAUUUUCAA